AUGGACACCCGUCUCCUGGCACGCGGCCUCCGCGCCCGGCCAUCGCCAUGGCUCCUCAAUGCUCGCCAGCAACAGCAGCCUUUUUUCCUCACGACCCUCCGCUACAACUCCUCAAAUCCCUCGUCACAGACUACUACUUCUUCUACCUCUACUGCUUCUUCAUCCUCUUCCUCUUCUCCCUCUACUGCUACGUCUGCCCCUUCUUCCUCGUCCUCGACUGGCCCCUCCUCCUCCGAACAAUCCACUCCGCAAACAACACCCGCACCGGUCGAAGAACAACAACCUUCCUCCAAGCCUCAACCCACCAAGACCGUCGCCUCCGACUUUGACGAGAUCCUCAACAAGCUCGACCUCGGCAACCGCAGCAUCCUCAAUUCCAAGGGUGAACCUCGCCGCAUCUUCUCCGACGCCGUCUCCCGCUCCGUCGGCGGCGUCGGCUCGCAGGCCUUCAAGGACCGUGCCGCUCAGCAGCUCGCUUCUCGCAAAUUGGAAUUGAAGCUGGGACCGACACUGGGUCGCCAGGUCCACGUUGAGCCGGAGCGCGGUCUGGAUCUGCCUGCUGCUAUUCGUCAGCUGGAGAUUACUUGCAGCACGAAUAAGAUCAAGUCGGAUGCGCAUGAGCAAAAGUUCCACAAGCGCAAGGGUGCGCUGCGGAAGGAGUUGCGCCGGACGAGGUGGAGGAAGCUUUUCCGUUUCUCGUUCCAGGAGACUGUGAAGAAGAUCCAGCGUAUGCAAGCGCAGGGCUGGUAA